GGCGCCGUUCCUGAGAGCGUCGCCGAGAAGGCCCCCCCCACGCCGGAGGGUGAGGACGCAGAGUCCAACAGCGGGAUCUACACCUGCUUCAUGAGGUCCCAUCGCUGCUACGACCUCAUCCCCACUAGCUCCAAGCUGGUCGUCUUCGACACCUCCUUGCAGGUGAAGAAGGCCUUCUUUGCGCUGGUCACCAAUGGCGUGAGGGCUGCCCCGCUCUGGGACAGCAAGAAGCAGAGCUUUGUGGGGAUGCUGACCAUCACCGACUUCAUCAACAUCCUCCAUCGCUACUACAAGUCGCCCAUGGUGCAGAUCUACGAGCUGGAGGAGCAUAAGAUAGAGACGUGGAGAGAAGUCUACUUGCAAGACUCCUUCAAGCCUCUGGUGUGCAUCUCCCCGAAUGCCAGCCUCUUCGACGCAGUCUCCUCGCUGAUCCGCAACAAGAUUCACCGGCUGCCUGUCAUCGACCCUGACUCGGGCAACACCCUCUACAUCCUCACGCACAAGCGCAUCCUCAAGUUCCUCAAGCUCUUUAUCACAGAGGUGCCAAAGCCGGAGUUCAUGUCCAAGACGCUGGAGGAGCUGCGGAUUGGCACCUAUAGUAACAUCGCGAUGGUGCGCACCACCACGCCCGUCUACGUGGCCCUCGGCAUCUUCGUGCAGAACCGCGUCUCUGCCCUGCCCGUGGUGGACGAGUCAGGUCGGGUCGUGGACAUAUACUCAAAGUUUGACGUCAUUAACCUGGCGGCUGAGAAGACCUACAACAACUUGGACGUGACGGUGACGCGGGCACUGCAGCACCGCUCGCAGUACUUCGAGGGCGUCCUCAAGUGCUACAAGCAUGAGACCUUGGAGACCAUCAUCAACCGCUUAGUGGAGGCUGAGGUGCACCGGCUGGUGGUGGUGGACGAGCAGGACGUGGUGAAAGGCAUCGUGUCUCUCUCAGACAUCCUACAGGCGCUGAUGCUCCCAGGGGGGCCACAGCCCUGAGUGUGGGGACGGGGAGCCCUGCCUGACACCCCACCCUGGGACUGUCUGUGAGGGCUGGCACCAGACUGCAACCAGGACCAAGCUCUUGGGGCCGUGCUCCCUAUCCCACCCCUGGCUGCCCAUACACCCCCUCCUUCACCAGCAUCAUGCCUGCCCCCAUGCCUACACCUGGGCCAGCCGGGACGGGGCUGGGGGCUCUUUGUACCAGCAAUAAGCAGACACCCUCGAGAUGGGCCUCUUCCCUCCUGCAUGCCCUUUGCCUCCUGGCACUUGGUCAGGGUGCUGCCCUGGGGGGGUUCCAGCUGCCAGGAGCCCUGGCUCCUGGCUCCAGAGGAAAGCUGUCUCUGGGACCAGCGUAGAGACUAAAAAGGAGCUGUGUGAGGCUGCCUGGAGGCAUGGCCACUGCCCCUGCCCCUAGUCCUGCCCUAGGGCUUAGGGAAGCACCUGCCAGGGAUGCUCUGCAGGCACGGCUGCACCCCCCCCUUAGGCCCUCUGUGCUCCCUUGUGGAGCUGCUGGGGCUCGAGGCAUGAAGCUCUCGGCCCUGUUUCCAGCAGCCUACAGCAGCAGCAUAUUCCCCUUGCCCCCAUAGAGGCUGCAGGUUUAUUUUUACCGAGCACCAUUUUUUCUAUCCGGGUCUCCGUCCAGCGCCGGCAUCACCUUGGCUGGCACCCGUGCGUGUGUGCGUGUGUGUGCGCACACGUGUCAUGUUUCUGGGGCCAUCCCGUGGCUCUGUAACUCAGACCAAUAAAGACCUGACGUACA